UUCUUAGGAAAAGGUUAAAAUCCACUUGAGCGACAGCAGCGGGUUAAUACAUUAUAUUUUUGUUUUUCUGCAGGGAUGGAGGUGACACGAACAAAUUUCAAAGACAGUUUAAGCACUGUGUACAGCGCAAUAGAGGAAGCGGACUUUCUCGCAAUCGAUGGGGAAUUUUCAGGUAUUAGCGAUGGGCCCAACGUCAGCGCACUAACUAACGGGUUGGACACGCCAGAGGAGCGCUACAUGAAGCUAAAAAAGCAUUCCAUGGACUUCUUGCUGUUUCAGUUUGGACUGUGUACAUUCACAUAUGACCAGGCAGAGUCCAAGUACGUCAUAAAGACUUUUAAUUUUUAUAUAUUCCCAAAGCCAUUCAACAGAACCUCACCAGACAUCAAGUUCAUCUGCCAGAGUUCCAGCAUAGACUUUCUGGCCAGUCAGGGUUUUGACUUCAACAAAGUGUUCCGUCACGGGAUCCCGUACCUGAACCAGGAAGAGGAAGUGCAGCUGCGGGAGCAAUAUGAGGAGAGGCGGAGUCAGAGUAACGGAUCAGGAAACCCCUCCUACAUCUCCCCCAACUCCAACAAAGGCCCUGGCAGCAUCCCAGAGGAGCACAGGGAGUACAUCGGACGAGUGAUAGAGAAGGUGGAAUCGCUGUUCACUACCUCAGAGAAGACUGUGGACCUGGAGCCCUGCACUGGGUUUCAGAGGAAACUGAUCUACCAGACACUCAACUGGAAGUUCCCAAAGGGCCUUCACGUAGAGACCUUGGAGACAGAGAAGAAAGAGCGCUACAUCCAGAUCAGCAAGGUGGACGAUGAGGAGCGGAAGAGGAGAGAACGGCAGAAACAGGAGAGAGAACAGGAGGAGCUGAAUGACGCUGUGGGAUUCUCCAGGGUCAUACACGCCAUCUCCAAAUCUGGAAAGUUGGUGGUUGGCCACAACAUGCUGUUGGACGUCAUGCAUACCAUCCAUCAGUUCUACUGCGUACUGCCAGAGGACCUGAAUGACUUUAAAGAGGUCACUCAGUGUGUCUUCCCCAGGCUGUUGGACACCAAGCUCAUGGCCACAACACAACCUUUCAAGGAGUUGAUCAACAUCACAUCUCUAGCAGAGCUGCAGAAACAGCUGAAAGAGAGCCCCUUCAAACCUCCUAAAGUUGUGACGGCGGAGGAUUUCCCCAGCUACGAUACAGCCCAGGAACAGCUCCACGAGGCGGGCUACGAUGCCUACAUCACUGGCCUCUGCUUCAUCGCCAUGGCCAACUACCUAGGUACUUUCCUGACUCCCCCCAAAGCCCACAUCCCGUCCCGAUCUAAACUCAUCGAACCCUUCGUCAACAAACUGUUCCUGAUGAGGAUCAUAGAUAUCCCCUACCUCAACAUCAGCGGACCAGACCUCCAGCCCAAGAGGGAUCAUGUUCUGUACGUCACCUUCCCUAAGGAGUGGAAGACCAGUGACCUCUACCAGCUAUUCAGUGCCUUUGGUAACAUCCAGGUGUCGUGGAUUGAUGACACGUCAGCGUUUGUGUCUCUGAGUCAGACGGAGCAGGUGCAGAUCGCGAUUAACACGAGUCGCUAUGCGGAGAGCUACCGUAUCCAGACGUAUGCGGAGUACGUCCAGGGCAGACAGCAAGUCAGGGAGAGCCAGGGCCACACUACCCAGUCCUGGGAUGAGGACGGCUGGGUUAAACCACACUACACCUCCCCCUCUACCGUUGGUGAUGGACCUACUGGCUACAGCUACGGUCACAACAGGCAGUCGUCGGGGAAACGCUGCAUCAGUCCUAUCCAGGAGGAGCAGCCUGCGGAGGGAGGGGCACUGAGCACACACACUGACGGGUGGAGCGGCUACGCUCACUGUCACACACACUCCGACACGGGCAGCAAGAAGAUCAGGACUGACGGGGGGUGUGUACGGACGUAUGCCGGAGUAGUGGACAGUAGGACGUCAGAAGGUUGGCUGAAAACUCAGUCUGGGUCUGAUUCGUCGAGCAUGAGUCCGAUCCAGGAAGAGGUGGGGUCAGAGGCGGUGGACGACGCUAGUGAUCCAGCGGCGGGCGACUGGCAACAGCAGUCUUCAGCCAAUCAGAGCAAGAAGGGCCGCAAGAACAACAAGAAGAGGAAGACUGAUGGUGCAGAGACCACGUCUUCUCUGUUCGAAGUUCCUCAGGUGUGGUAGCGAUGGAACCCAGCCACCGACUCCGAUCUAGGUCCCUCUCCUUACCACCUUGGUUCCUACUUCCUACCCCUGGGCACUUGACUCCUACCCCCUAGGACCGGGUUUGGAACUAGGCCUGAAAUUUCAACCCAGCUGCGCUUAUCUGACUGGCUGAGAGAGCCCUAUUAAAGCCAUAAGUCAUGAUCGGAGUCCUCAGCAUGUGGUAUAGCAGGAUGUUCCUAAAUGGCACCCUAUUCCCUAUAUAGUGCACUACUUUUAACCAGGGUCAAUAGGGUCU